CAUUGGAGUCGGCACCUCGUCCGUGCGUCCGGUCCGGCUCGCCGCCCUGCGUCGCGCCCCGGGAGCUGUCCGCGCGCCCAGCAGCCGCCGCCGCCGCCCUGCCGGGGCCGGGGAGGAGGCGGCGGGCCCGGGACCGCGAGAGCGCGGUGACAGACCCGGCCUCGCGGGGAGGCCCGAGCGAGCGGGCGCCCCGGCCCCGCGCCGCGCCGGGCUGUUCAUGAAGCAUGUCGGCCACCAGCGUGGACCCCCAGAGAACAAAAGGGCAAGAUAAUAAAGUACAAAAUGGUUCUUUGCAUCAGAAGGAUACAGUUCAUGACAAUGACUUUGAGCCCUACCUUUCUGGACAGUCAAAUCAGAGUAACAGUUACCCCUCCAUGGCUGAUCCCUACCUGCCCAGCUAUUACCCACAGUCCAUCGGAUUUCCGUACUCUCUCAAUGAGGCGCCAUGGUCUACCGGAGGGGACCCUCCAGUCCCAUACCUCACCACUUACGGACAGCUCAGUAAUGGAGACCAUCAUUUUAUGCAUGAUGCUGUUUUUGGGCAGCCUGGGGGCCUGGGGAGCAACAUCUAUCAGCACAGGUUUAAUUUUUUCCCUGAAAACCCUGCUUUUUCAGCCUGGGGGACAAGUGGGUCUCAGGGGCAGCAGGCUCAGAGUUCAGCCUACGGGAGCAGUUACACCUACCCACCAAGCUCCCUGGGCGGCACGAUUGUGGACGGGCAGACAGGCUUUCACAGCGACACCCUCAACAAAGCUCCUGGAAUGAACAGCCUGGAGCAGGGCAUGGUGGGCCUGAAGAUUGGGGAUGUCGCCACCUCUGUAGUCAAGACAGUGGGGUCUGUUGUCAGCAGUGUGGCGAUGACUGGCGUCCUUUCUGGCAACGGUGGGACAAACGUGAACAUGCCAGUUUCGAAGCCAACCUCCUGGGCUGCCAUUGCCAGCAAGCCGGCCAAACCACAGCCGAAAAUGAAAGCAAAGAGUGGACCUGUGAUUGGGGGUGCUCUGCCCCCUCCACCUAUAAAGCAUAACAUGGACAUUGGCACCUGGGACAACAAGGGGCCUGUGCCCAAGGCCCCAGCUGCCCAGCAGGUGCCAUCCCCCCAGUCUGCCCCUCAGCCUCAGCCGGUUGUGCAGCCUCUGCCUGCUCAGCCUCCCCCUUUGACCCAACCGCAGUAUCAGAGCCCUCAGCAGCCACCACAAACCCGCUGGGUCGCCCCUCGAAACAGAAACGCGGCAUUUGGGCAGGCUGGGGGGCCCGGCAGCGACAGUAACUCUCCUGGAAAUGCCCAGCCUAACUCUGCCCUGAGCUCAGAAUCCCACCCUGUGCUUGAGAGACUGAAGGCCGCCCACAGCUACAACCCCGAAGAGUUUGACUGGAAUCUCAAGAGCGGCCGCGUGUUCAUAAUAAAGAGCUACUCUGAGGACGACAUCCACCGCUCCAUCAAGUACUCCAUCUGGUGCAGCACCGAGCACGGCAACAAGCGCCUGGACGGCGCCUUCCGCUCCCUGGGCAGCAGGGGGCCCGUCUACCUGCUCUUCAGCGUCAACGGGAGCGGGCACUUCUGCGGGGUGGCUGAGAUGAAGUCACCCGUGGACUACGGCACGAGCGCGGGGGUCUGGUCUCAGGACAAGUGGAAGGGCAAGUUCGACGUGAAGUGGAUUUUUGUCAAGGACGUGCCCAACAGCCAGCUGCGGCACAUCAGGCUGGAGAACAACGACAAUAAGCCGGUCACAAACUCCCGGGACACCCAGGAGGUGCCCCUGGAGAGGGCCAGGCAAGUGCUGAAGAUCAUCGCCUCCUACAAGCACACGACCUCCAUCUUCGACGACUUUUCCCACUAUGAGAAGCGCCAGGAGGAGGAGGAGGAGGUGCGCAAGAACCAGCCAUGGAAGUGGGUCUCUGAGCUUGUCCCUGCUUCCUGGCACCGCAGAGGAGCCCCGGGACCCGGCUGUUACAGCUCUCCGGAACGGCAGAACCGAAACAAACAAUAAGGGUGAACCAGCGUCUUAUAUGUUCUAAAUGGACUGAAAAGUUUAAGAGAAUGCGUGCUUGGUGCUGUCUUCUUGUGCAGGGCCCAACUCGUUGCAUCUUUAUGCUCUUGUAGUUUAUUUUUUGCCCGGAUGGAUUUGCAUUCAUUUGUAUUUUUCCUAUGUAUAAUAGUAUUGUAGACCUCACUAAUAAAGGAGUAUGUUUUUUGUCAGCUUAUCAAUCAGACCUAAUGCGAAAUACAAAUAUCCUUAAAAACAAAGCAAAACAAAAAACCUAUUACAACCCAAAGAUUUGUUUGAAUUUUGGCAGAAAUUAUGUUCUCGUAUUCACAGUCCUUUAACGCCUUCACGUGAGACUUAUUUCUCACCCUUCGUGCUUUGUAGUGAACAUAAGAAACCAUGAGCUGUCACUGGGUGUGUUCAGUUAAAGCACGUCUCCUCAGAAUGCUGAAAUCAACAGGUUAAUGAUCACUUUGUCCAGUUUACCGUUUUUAUCAUCUGUUAUCUAAAAUGCUAAUCUGUCCAUUGGAUUUUCUACUAGGCGGAUAAAUUUUAGUUUUUCAAAUUUGGUGGACAUGCUGUUUCCUUGGGGCACCCGCCCUUCCCACAGCCUUGCACACCCACGGCAGGCACUUUGUCCCUACUCUGCUCUUUGGUCCGGCGGGGCAGUGACAGGACCCAGCACGUGAGGGUGUCGGCUCAGUGUCCAGGUGCUCUUGGUUCUAACUGCCCCUUUCUUGAGAAUCCUGGUGCCGGUUUAAGGUUUUAUGCCAGUGAUGCUGAGCUUGAAGUGCAGGAUCUGAUGGUGCAGUGUGACAGGGGACACUGCCAAGUGUAAACUUCACCAUGUACCUUUCUUUUUCCUGUUCAGUGGGUUAAAAAAAGCCAAAAACAAACCUUUUAGAAACUGAAUUUGCUGUCCUGUUUUGUGGAAAGAGGGACCAUUGAAGAACUUGCCGCCACCUGAAGUUUGAGUUUAAGCAUGAAAAAGGUGCGCAUGCCUGUCGCUCCAGCACACCGAACCUGCACGUGCCCGUUGUAGAGGACCUCACUGUUUAGAGAGCAGAUACCUUUUGAAAACUAUUUACUCCAAAGACCCUCAGUUAAAGUUUAAGCUGUAUUUAGACUUGUAUUUAGAACGCGCCACUCUCUGAACUGUUACUGCCUGUGUGGAGUCACGAACAUCGGAGAACUUUUCCACUAGGAGAAUACAAGCCUUAAUAAACAAUACCUAUUUAGCAA